AUGGAUUCAAGCCCGCUGGCUUCGUCACCGACCCUGUCGCUGACGCCGCCACUGCCACUGCAUGAGAAGGAACUGCUGUUCACAGACUGGGGACUGUCCGAUACGGACGACAGCCAGCCAGUGACCGGCUUGGGCACCGUCGAGAAGCCGGACUCGCCGUGGACCGAGCGUGAGCGCGAGCACCGGCGCAAGAGCAAGGCUUUUGCGGCUGCAGCCAAAGCAGCGGGAGAAAGGGUGGCUGAGACGGCCGCUGAGAAGGCCAGAGCAGACGAGGCUGCACUUAUGGCCGACCACGGGAGCGAGAAACACGGCGGCUGUGACAACGACGACGUUGUCGAAGUCAUCGACUUGACACAGCCAGAGCCAAAAUCACCUCGGCCACCGCAUAAACCACCACACCCGCCGCGCCGUACCGCCUCGACCGUUGCUGCGCCUGUUCGUGCAUCAUCGUCGACCACACUUCGCCGCACGUCGUCCAAUCCGCUGCCGGACCGACGAGGGCCGAAGAGAAAGCGAGAGGAGGCUCUCGACAGAGCCACGGCCGCGCGGAAACCGGGACGCCCUGCCAAGACGAGGAUGACCACCAAAAAGAACGCCCGCGACAUGUCGCCUCCCCUCGUCCCCGAGGGGCAGCGCAUCUUUGCUGGGCUGUCCUUUUGCUACCUCCCCAAUGGUGCCUUUGGCGCCCGGAAGCUGCGCAUCAACAAGGCCCGGCAGCACGGCGCCCGGUGGGUGCACAGUCUGCGCGAGGCGACACACGUCGUUGUCGACAAGCAGCUGCGGUGGGCCGACGUGGAGGCGCACAUACGUGACGAGCUGGCCACCGCGUCGUCGACGGAGCCUGCGGCUGCGGCUGCGGCGUGGCCCAUCCUCGUCAACGAAACCUACCCGCUCGACUGCAUCGGGUUCCGGCAUCUGCUGAACCCCGAGCAGCUGCGGUACCGCGUCACGGGAUGGAAGGACGCACAAGCGGCCCAAGAGACGGCGACCGAAAAGGGUCCAGCAAACAUAACGGCCCAUGGAAAGACGAGCGACACAUCGCCGCCCGGUCACUAUCUCAUCAAGCCGGACAGACGAGAACAGGACCGGCCGGGGGUGGCACGACAGCAAGAGCACAUGAUUCGACAGCCACGGCACGACGUCUGA